ACCCUGAACGCAGCAUCAGUCGAGGAGGAUUCUGCGGCUCUGAAACUGAAUGUUUCUGUUUCUUCAUGAAUGGAUUGUCACUGCUGUAGCUCAGUUUAGCUCUCCUUAUAAUCACUCUAUAAGACGAUUUGUGGACGCAGCGGGUAACUCGGCUGCUGCAGGGCUGCUGUCCGGUAACAUGAGCUGCUGCAUGAGUUCCUCUGUGUGUUCCUCUGUGUGUUCCUCUGGAUUUGUUUUGCUCUGCAGUUAGCCUGUUAGCUUGUAAUCAGCUAGCUGUCACUGUGUAGAGCUGUUAGUUAAAAAGGCGCUGCUGUCAUGUCAGAAUAACAUCCGGCUUUGUGAAAACACAGACAGUCAGAUGACCAUCCAGCAGGUCUUUGUGUUGGACUCAUUAUCAGUCGACUGUCAGAAUGUAUGCUAGCUCAUUCAAAGUAACGGAUUAAGUAGUUUUAACAGGGAGCUAGCUAACCUGUGUUAGCACCGUCAACACAUUGGACUGUAGGCAGACAGCCUGUGUCUUUAAGCUAACUGUGACAACACUGUUCAACAACAUCAAGAGGUAACAACAGGACAUCGAGUCCAGCACCAUGGCUAACGUCACAGACCUGCAGACCAAAUACAGCAAACUGGCACAGGAGUACUCCAAGCUCCGUGCACAGAACCAGGUGCUGAAAAAGGGAGUCGUGGAUGAACAAGCAAACUCUGCUUCACUGAAGGAGCAGCUGAAGCAGAGGGACCAGAGCCUGAGGAAGCAGGAGCAGGAGAUGGACAGUCUCAGCUUCAGGAACCAACAGCUGGCCAAGAGGGUGGAGCUGCUGCAGGAGGAGCUCGCCACGAGUGAAGCCAAGGGCAAAAAGGGGAAGAGUAAAGGAGACUCCCCCUCACAGCACGGCCUGCAGACACAGAGUGUGUUUAAUGAAGAUCUGCAGAAAAAGAUUGAAGAAAAUGAGCGACUUCAUAUCCAAUUUUACGAAGCAGAUGAGCUGCACAAGAGGCAGGAGGCUGAUCUGAAGGCACGACUAGGGGUGCUGGAAAAAGACACGGAUCAGCACCAGGCCGUGGUGGACGGACUCACCACGAAGUACAUGGAAACGAUCGAGCGGCUGCAGAGUGACAAAGCACGUUUAGAGGUUAAAGCACAGACUCUGGAGAGGGAAGCAAAGGAGUGCAGAAUGAGAACAGAAGAGUGUCAGCAGCAGCUGAGGCGGUGCCAGUCCGAUCUGAACAGACAGGUGAAACAGAGCAGCAGUGUUAUCCAGGAGAAAGUGCCCUUCAAUGACACCAAAUUUAGUGACUACAACAGCCUGAAUGUGCCGCCACACAACCGGAGGCACCAGCUUAAAGCUCGGGACGUGGCAGGUCAGGCUCUGGGCUUUAUUCAGGACCUGGUUGCUGCUCUGUUGAACUUCCACUCUUACACAGAACAGAGAGUUCACAUUUACCCUCUGGAUUCUUCUAUUGAACCCAUCUCCCCUCUGAACCAGAAGUUUUCACAGUAUCUACAUGAAAAUGCAGCCUAUGUGCGCCCCCUGGAGGACAGCUUCCUGCAGUUACACCAAAGCAUCACAGAGGACACUGUCACAGUCCUGGAGACUGUGGUCAAACUGAAGAGCUUUGCUGAUAACUUCACUACAUACACACACUUCCUGCAAAAGAUUCUCCCCUACCAGCUGAAAAGCCUGGAAGAAGAGUGUGAAGCACCUCUUUGUACUCCCGCCCUCACUGCGAAGAACCACGAGCUGCAGAGUGACAUGAAGAGAGUGACGUCUAUGUUUGAGAAGCUGCAGAGCUACAUUAACCUUUUGGCCUUACCUAGUGUUCGACAGGACGCCCUGCCACAGAGCAGCACCUCAGCUGUCUUCACCCAGCUGGCCGCCUGCCUGCACAGUCUUCACGAUGCCAUUAAAGAGAUGUCAAAGCACUACAACCAGAAGGCCAGCUUAGAGCAGGAGCUCCCCACCGUCACCCAGAAGCUGUGCACCACCACAGAGUGCCUGCUGGGAUCUCUGGGCUGUCUCACCAGCAGCACCGGCAAGAUUGCCACUUUCUUCAGCAACAAUUUGGACUUCUUCACGUCACCAGGGUAUAGUCCAAGAGGCAGCACAGUAGCACUUAACCCUUUGCAGGCGGAGAGCAUGCUUGCCAACAAAAAGAGAGCAGCUGCCUACAUGCAGGCUACCAAAAAGCCUCGGCCUCAGUCGGUCCCGUACAGAGACGCUCUGUCAAACCGCAGAGUACUCACCAGCUCCACCGAGAGCAGAGAAGGUCUCACCCAGCAGGUGCAUCAGAGCCAGGAGAAGAUCGCUCGGCUGGAGCAGGAGAAGGAGCACUGGCUCCUGGAGGCCCAGCUGGGGAAGGUGCGGUUGGAAAAGGAGAACCAGCGCAUUGCAGACCUGGAAGCGCAACUCGCAGCCGCUCUGGGGGGAAGUCCAAACUCACGAACAGCUGCAGCAGCCAGCAUGCUCACAGAGAGCCAUGAGGAAGAAGAGACGGAGCAGAGAGCUGCAGGGAGAGAGACUACGCUCUGCACCAGCCUGGUUGGCAUGUUGUGCACAACACCUUCAAUUGAGCACGUGGGAGACGAGGAGUCCAGGGAGCAGCUGAUAAAGACUCACUACAUGGCGAGAGUCGGAGAGCUCACCACCCAGCUCCAGAUUUCAGACAGCAAAGCGGUGCACUUUCACUCCGAGUGUCGAGCUUUGGCCAAGAGAUUAGCCAUUGCAGAGAAAUCAAGGGAGACUCUGAGCGAGGAGGUCAAACAGGCGAAUCAGAACAUCUCACGCUUGCAGGAUGAGUUGGCCACAACAAAGAGGAGCUAUGAAGACCAGCUCAGCAUGAUGAGCGACCACCUGUGCAGUAUGAACGAGACUUUGAGCAAACAGAGAGAGGAAAUCGACACUCUCAAGCUGGGCAGCAAGGGAAAUGCUAAAAAGAACAAAGGACGUUAGCGCUGCUCUCUACACUCUGGCUCCGUUUGGCUUCACAAAGGGCACCUUCAGAGCAGAUCCGGUCUGUGGAGCCUCCUGCAGAAUCCUGGUACCAACAAUCCCGGCUACACGAGCCUCAGAUUCCUCCUCUGUCAGGCUGUGGAGCUCCAAAUGAACUGAAUGGAGUUCUUGAACAUGUUUGACUGCUUCUUUUUCCCAUUUUCCCUCGUCACAGCACCAGUUACAACAUGACAUGAUUUGCUAUAAAACACCGGAGGCUGCUGCUUGACCUUUUGUGGCCAACGCAGAGUGGGAGGGGAAACAGCUUUCACCCAAAAAAGGGACAGAGGGAAGGAAGCUGAACCAGUUGAUAAAUGCUCACCGAAGUCAAGACUUGAAGACCAAACCCUGUUUAUGAGUGUGCUUAGUUUUCCUGCUUAACGUGCAUUUUGAGAGAAAACGAAACUGUGCAUUGUUACUGCUUAUCUGUCGGUGCAGGUGAGCGUGCGCAGAGUGUGUGUUCUUUUUUGUGUGACUGUAGCACCAUACACAACAUGUGAGUUUUGUUUUACACUUAGAGCUUUUUUUUAAUUAUGAGAGAUCAUUUGUGCGAGCAGAUCCGAGGGCCUCUCAUGCCCCCCUUACAGCACCUGCGAUUAUCAUAAGCUUCUGUCAAGAAGGGCUUUAAAACCUGAAAGAACAAACAACAAAGACACUUGAAUUCAUUCCUCAUUUUGGGAAGUCCUUUGGGAGUGCAGGAUAAGAAACAUGUCUGCCUUGAAGCACUGAUUAACUGUGUCUACCUGGACUAAAAAGGGCAGGAUGGACAAGUUGGAGCUCGUAAAUUGGUGUCAGUCUGUCUCUGUGAAGUUACUCAAACAGUAGUUGUUUUUAUCACCAAAGUUAGUGUGGAUGUGGCACAAACGGUCUCUAAAUCCAUGUUGUAAGUAUGGGCAAAAAGGGUUAAUGUGAAUAUACACUCAUUUGAAAUCAUGAUAUACUUGUACUGUAUCAUCUCUCAAAGUAAUUGUAAAUACACACAAAAAGGCAUUUAUUCAGAGGUUAGAUCUUUAUUUUCCACUAAAUUUGAAAAUCAGGAUUUUCAACUGUUUUUUUUAAGUGUUUGUUUCCAUUAAGGCUACAUCAUUGUGUCACCUGAGGGGUCACCUCAUCCUGUAACCGGGGGCUUAGACAACCUAGUUCAGGAGUCAUAGAAGAGUGCAGUGAGAGUUUACAGUAAUAAAAGAACCUCGUUGGCUUGUUGUGACAUGAGGAAAAAUGACAGAAAAGCCCAGUAGUUUGAAGCAGCAGUCCAUUCAAACCUCUCUCUGUGUGUGUCAGUCUACACCUGCCAGCAAACCUUUGACCUCAAAGAUUUGCCAAUGACCCUGAAAACUGAUCAAAAAAAGAUGAAUAACACUUGUAUUCUCACAAUGUAACCUGUUCAGAAGCACAUAUACAUAUGUGGAAUAAAAAAAAAAGAAGCUUGUUGAACAUUAAACGCACCAUGUGUUCAGAUUCACCGGGUAAUGAUCCUCAAACUCGUCUGACCUCACUUUUCGUGCUGCAUUUCUGGGAGCUGGAAAGGACGGGGGGAGAUUCAAUUGCCUGUAAUUUAAAAAAUGAGAAACAGUCAAACACACCCCGACCACUGGGGAAUGAGGCCACACCAGUGAAUCGGACAUAUGAGCGCUGAGAGAUUACUGUUUGAUGUCGUCACUUUGUUUUAGAAGGAAAAACAUGUUGUGUCAUUAUAAAUGAAUUCAUGAUGCUUUCAUGUACUCUGGGUACGCUUCUUCAGAGGUCACAACAAUAAAGGUGAUAUCCUCAUUUUGUGCAUUUUGACCUGCAA